AUGGCUACCAAGAGCAUCCAGGCUUCUACGGAAAGGCCGAAGGCUGCUACUCUGGCUCCUUCGGAUCCUUCUCCGUUGUCGAACCUUUCAGCCGUCAGCUUCGAAACUUGCAAAUACACAGAAUGCAUUGACUUCUCGACAAAAGCCCUGAGCAUCCUUCAAACUGGCCCGGAAAACAACACUCUCAAGCAGAAAUUGCUAUUCAGACAAGUGAAGGCUCAUCUUCAUCAGUCAAGCCUGGACGAUGCUGAAAACGUCUUGAAUCAGUUGGUGCCUGGCGAGGAAGCCGCUGAUCUUGAGGACACGAUUGAAGAACUCAGAGAAAUCGACAACUCUCCUCCGCGCCAAGAAUUGCUGCCUGAGCUCGAGAAGUCUGCUGAGAAUGAUCCAGUCUUGUCCAUGAUGUUCGGUGGUGUCUCAGACGCUCGCCACGUUUUUCACACUAUCUUGGAGUACUCUCUAAAGAAGAAGGGGUCUCAGAAGCUGCACCUAACCAUGGUAGACCACAAACCGAUUGUUGUGGCUCGAGAUCUGGUCUUUUUCAGCUUGCUUCUCGAGGCAGCUGGUAACAAGGAGUCAAAAGACGUGGCUUUACUCAGUCUGAGUUACGCGUACUGUGCCCAAAUUAUCCCACAAUUUGCAUGGGACAAAUUGCAAGAGACCGUCACCAAGCUACUAGAUAGGCUCGAGAAGACGCAGCAACCCAUUGAAAUGGGUUAUCUGCCGAACAAACAGAUGGACAGCGUGGUGGCCAUCUUGAAGAGCUGGCAGGGCAACCUUACGACGCUGUAUAUAACCUUGGAAAUACACCGCCAUCUGGUCGAACACGGCGCCAAGGCACAUCCGAGGGCGGCGGAGACUCUAUCCAAGUUUUCGAUAGACAGACGAACCUUUGAAGACUUCUCUGUCAUAUUCCCCCCGCAAGAUAUGCUGCCGAGCCUCGAGCCAGGCGUAUCCACCCUCUUUGGAGAUUACCAGGCGGGAAAGCAGGGAGGUCGACAGCGCCUCUCUGACUACUUGAACAAGCAUUGGAAAGUAAAUUUUACACUUCUCGACCCGGUAGUGCAUAAAAGACUCGAAGAGCUGGCUUUGGAUGUAAUGGAAGUACACCCGUGCAGUGUUGUCAUAACAACACUGAAGGUCCUGCACGGAAUAAGGCUCCGCGGUGGAGCAUCGCAUUGCUUAAAGCAUUUGAAGGACUUCUUCGAAAAGGUUAGCCAGCAUUUGGUCCAGCUACGUGGUAGGCUGAUCUUGGAAAUGAAUACCGGAGAUGUGGCCGAAGUAUUGGAGAGAAUGCGCUACGAUAUCUUGGAUCGCCCGGACCAAAAGGGGGGAGCAGGAGAUCCUGGCUCGACAACCACCAUCGACUGGCCGCUACAAUACCAUCAGAUCCAUCUGAACGACAUUCCGGAUUAUACCGGAGGAUCGUUGACGAGCUUCCUUUAUGGACCCCCUGUACUAAAGAAAGGGGUUGGCACAGGCUUUAGCUCGUGUUCCCUAACAUUCUGGGAUGGCAUCAACCAUUUCAACGCGGAGACCUUAUUGAUGUACGACAGAAAGAUGAUCGAGAAGCAUUUCCAAGUCAAGCAAAGCAAGGAGCCUCCCAAACAUGACACGGUCAUAUUUCGAUACUACCGCUGGGAGAAGAGCGAGGACGGACCUCAGCCUUUGGGGAAGCUAAUGUCGCGAGAGAGCUUUUUCAAGUGGAUGUUCGCUCACUACCUCAAGAUAUGCACACCGUUUCGUCGCCCUCCGAACGAAUGCUGCUUCCAGGCGCCUCUCAACCUCACGGCGUUUUUGAGACUGCUUGUUCGGAUGGGCGAGCUGGGCUACCCCAGCCACUGGCUGUCACAAAUCAUCAAGUCUCUUAGCCAGGCCUUGGCGGAAUUCACUACGCUCGUCGCUCAAUGGCGAAGCCUUCUCCCCUACACGGUGGUGGUGCCGAGCGAAACCCUACUUCCCCCGGAGGACAUCGCCGAGUACACGGUCAACAUCCCGCACAGCUGGGCGCCGUACCUCGACUGCCCCGAGUUCGUGCUGGUCUUCUGGAACGGCUUGAAGUACCCGCUGCCGCCGAGCGAUCUGUCCGCGGUCCUGCUGGACGACGAGGAGCGGGCGCUUAAUGCGUCGGCCUUCAUGCAGGAGAUGAGGGAAGACGGGAUGAACGUCGUGACCACGGUCGACUACGUACACGAUACCCACACGGCCACUUUCUGGCUGAGGUGCGACGUGAUGCGCACGAUGCUGAGGUGGAACUGGGCCGUCUUCAUCGGCAGGACUGACCUGUGGACGUGCCACACGCCGCCGCGUUCCUUGAACGGUCUUCUCCAGAGGAAGAGGACCUGGAAGGGAUGCGUGACUGCGUGA